GCAUUCACAUGGGAAGGAUUUUGUUGCCCUUUAUUUUCAAUGAAGAGGCAAUGGACAACCAUGGCCUACCCCAAUAGUUUCCCUGAUCCUAAUUAAAAGUCCAAAUAUUAAUUUUUUGUUUUUUUUAAAUAAAAGUCACAUUCUUUGCUCGUUCAAUAAUUAGAAAAAUCAAUAAAGAAGAUCCUUGAGAUUCUGUAUGAAAUCUCUCUGAUUUUGUUAUCCAAACUGUCAUAUAUUUCCCUUGACAGUGAUGGUUUCCUUCCCCAUUUAAAAGUCACACACCCUUUGUUGGGUAUCCACCACAUUCAUCAUCAUCACCAUCUUUCCCUUUGUUUUUCUUCAUCUUCUUCUUUUUGUUUGGUCUGCUUGGUUUCCGGAUCUAGAUUCUGAUACAUCAUCGCUGCUGCAAAAAUAGUUAUGGCUGUGAAAUCUCAGUUCCAUGUAUUGGCUGUUGAUGAUAGCAUCAUUGACAGAAAGUUGAUUGAGAGGCUCCUCAAGACUUCUUCUUAUAGAGUUACUGCAGUAGAUUCUGUAAGUAAGGCUUUAGAGUUUCUGGGUUUGCAAGAAGACUCUGUUUCCCCAAAUAAUCUUAAUCAGGAUUCAGGAAUAAAUCUGGUCAUUACAGAUUAUUCAAUGCCUGGUAUGACAGGCUAUGAUCUGCUCAGAAAGAUCAAAGAGUCCAAAUCUCUCAAAGACAUACCAGUUGUUAUCAUGUCAUCAGAGAAUAUCCCAUCAAGAAUCAACAGAUGCUUGGCAGAAGGAGCAGAAGAGUUUCUUUUGAAACCAGUUCAGAUGGCAGAUAUGAGCAAGCUUAGACCCCAUAUGUUGAAAGUGUAAAGCUAAAGAAAUAAUCUUUUCCAGGAAAUUGAGGUUUUGAAAGAAAUCAUUUAUAUAGUUUUGCCACUGACAACCCAUGGAGUCUUUGAUGUCAAAUCUUGCUGUUCAUCUUUAAUGGAGAAGAAGGACAAGGAGGGGUUUGGCCAAAUUCAACUCAAAACCUCAUUGAAUGAAUCUCUUGGUGAAAUUUAGCUCAAUGUAAGCCCAUAAACUUCGCCAGCAUAUGCAAUCACAGAACAGCAAUUAAGCCCAGAAACUUCGCCAGCAUAUGCGAUUACAGAACAGCAAUUAAGCCCAGAAACUUCGCCAGCAUAUGCGAUUACAGAACAGAAAUUUUGGUGCCUACAAGGAUUCUUAAUGGAGAUCAUAGACAGACUCCUUGAGUGCCUAUGGGGCUUAAAAAGCAUGGUUUGGUAUAGGCUUUGCAGAUUAGAAAAGAACAAAGCUUCAAAAUCCAAAUCUUCGGAAGUGAUUGGAUCUGGAUCAGCCAUGUGAUAUUCCAACAUAGGGCCAUAUGGCAUGCAAAAUCCUUGUAAAACUAUUUUUGAUGGUUGAUCAACCAAAAAUAAUCAGAGAAAUGGAAACUACAAACCAAACCUAAAGGGAUUUUGCAGUCUUAUAUAUAACCAUCAUCAUGAUGCCUUGUAAAAUGAUAUUGUAGGUAACAAUGUUUGUCUUCAUCAUAAUGAUGUACAACUUCUGUUUGGUUUUAAUAAAAGUAAAUUCUUUUGAACAAAAGAAUAUUUAUUUAUGUUU